GCCCCCACCCGCGGCACCCCGAGAGUAGCUGCUGGAAGGCCGCCCUGCCGUAGCCGCUGACGCUAUGGAAGACCGCAUCCGCUGCUCUCGGCUGUAGGAUGGUAGCGCACAGCAAGGUGUCAGCAGAUAAUGCACUUGGAGCAGACCCAAGAAGACUUCUUGACCCUCCGGCACGGGAUUGCUCACAGGCACGAGGCUUCCAGGGCCCCGGCCGGCCCGGCACUGUGCAGGCACAGGGCAACACACACUUCCGAACCUUUCGCUCCCAAGCGGAUUUCAGUAGCAUCACUCGAGCCAGCAGCCUGCUGGAUGCCUGUGGCUUCUACUGGGGGCCUCUGACUGUCAGUGCUGCCCACGAGAAGCUGAAGUCUGAGCCCGAGGGCACCUUCCUCAUCAGGGACAGCACACAAAAGAAUUGCUUCUUUGCCAUCAGUGUUAAGACUGCAACUGGACCCACCAGUAUCCGGAUUAACUUUCAGACCGGGCGUUUCAGCCUGGAUGGCAGCAAAGAGAGUUUUGACUGUCUUUUUAAGCUGCUGGAACAUUACCUAAGCUCCCCUAGGAAGGUACUGGUUGCCCCCCUUCGCAAGGUCCGGGUGCAGCCACUGCAGGAGCUCUGCCGGAAAAGCAUCGUGAAGACUUUUGGAAGAGAGAACUUAAAUCAGAUCCCACUCAAUCCUGUUUUAAAGGACUACCUGAAAUCCUUCCCAUUUCAGAUAUAAGUGCAGCAUUAACUGUAUAGGGACACAUUAGACAUGUGUAACGAAAUCCAUCUUCCUGGGUUUUUAAAUAUGUUUGACAGUGAGCAAACUUAUUUUUGUAGCAGUUUACUGUAUUUUGUGAUGGAACCUGAACACUUGACUUCUUAUGUUUACAAAAACUGUUUGCACAAACCUGGGGUUUUAAAACCCUGGCAUAAUUUUUCUGCCAAGCAGAAUAUUUUACUAUUUUAUAAUAUUUUUAAUGAUAUUAACAUAAUAAACUUUAUUGUCAUGGUUUUUA